AUGGGUGCUCGAUUAUCGCUACUAGCGCCAUCGGCUCCAACUGUGGCCAUCUCUUCGUACGUGGAUAUCUUCGACAAUAUCCAGUAUGUCGAACUCAUCAAUAAUUCCCGGUUUCUAAAGACAAUCAAAGCCAUUGACCUCAAUACUGGAGAUGCCAUCAUUAUCAAAAUCUUAAUUAAGCCCUCCAACAACGUCAAUUCGUUCAACAUAAACUUGCAGGAAUACACAGAACUUAUGGUAAAAGAAGCUUCACUUUUGGACCAAUUCAAUUGCUACUUGCCCACCAACAAGUUCAUCGAAACUGACAGAGCUGCUUAUCUUAUUCGUCAGUUGGUCAAGACAAACUUAUAUGACAGGCUUUCUAUAAGACCGUUUCUUGAACCCAUUGAGAAGAAUUUUAUUGCGUUUCAGAUGCUCAAGAUCAUCGAUAAUCUCCACAGCAAUCUCCACAUUCGCCAUGGUGACUUGAAACUAGAGAACUUUAUGGUGUCUAGUUCCAACUGGAUAAUGCUAGCUGAUUUUGCCAGUUAUUCCAAACCCGUCUACAUUCCUGAGGAUAAUCCCAACCAGUUUUCCUUCUACUUUGAUACAUCUGACAGAAGAGUGUGCAACUUGGCCCCUGAGCGGUUCUACAAUUCUGGGUCCGAGUCCGAAAAGCUUCAAAAUUUUGAUGAAAACGAUCAUUUCACUGGUAAGAACCAAAUCACUGAACAGAUGGACUUGUUUAGUUUGGGGUGUAUAAUCGGAGAACUUUAUUUGGAUGGAGAACCGUUGUUCACUUUAUCAGGAUUAUUCAGGUACAUCAAAAAAGAGUACACUCCCGAUCUUUCAGGCAUUCCAGAUGCUCAUGUUAGAGACAUGAUUUUGAAGCUAAUUCUGUUCAAUCCCAACCAAAGGCAAUCUGCUAAACAGUUGCUUUCUGAAUACCAGAAUUUGAUAUUCCCCCAAUCGUUUUAUUCGUUUUUGUACGAUUUUAUUAGAAGAUUGAACGAUAAUAACGAGUUCAAAGGAAAUGAAAAUGACCGACAUGUCACUCCGAGCGAUAACAGAAUCGAUUACAUACACAAGAACUUCGAUAAAAUUUCUUACAAUUUGAAAUUCGACUAUUCCGUUGAUGCUUUGACUGGUUCUAUGGGGAUGAAUUUGAAUCUUCCGGGCAUGCCAAAGAACUAUCAAAUCAGAAAAACAUCGAGUUUCCAAGAUAUAGGGGAACUGCAACAGUCAUCACUCAUAAUAUUGAACUUUGUAUUUUCGUUGAUGAACACCUUGAAACAACCAGCUUCAAAAAUAAAGGCAUGUGAGCUUAUAACUGCUUUGAGUGAAAGAGUGAACGAUGCCUGCAAACUUGACAGAUCCUUACCGUAUUUAUGUAAACUCAUCGACGAGUACAUUGAAAGAUUUUCUUUCAAAGGUUACGAUGGCAUGAGUUUGCCAGGUAUCAGUAUGGAUGAAAAUACGAAAACAGAGUCGUAUUCCUCGAAAGUUGUGGUAGCCGCUUUAGAUGCAAUAGCCACUAUUCUCGAUUCAUGUUCCUACAUCUCCCCAUUGAAUGUUUCAAUGACAUCCGAGUAUCUUUUGCCCAAGUUAGUGAAGCUCAUAAGUUCAGACAAUGAUGUCAAAGAAAGCGAAUUGGUGAAGAUCAAGUUGGCUUCGUGUGUACCACACUUAGCCGAAGUUGCAAAUAGGUUUUGGAUGAUGGCUAAAACAUUUAAAACCAAACCUUUGGGCCUGGUGCAUGAAGGUGAACAGAAUGGGGCUAAUCAGGGUAAUGCUUCGGUUUCCAAAGAGAAUCUCUACUUGGUGUUCGAGGAGAUUUCUUCCUUACUUUUAACAGAUCCUAAUCCGAAGGUGAGAGCUGCAUUGGUUGACAAUAUCAAACCUCUUUGCCGGUUCUUUGGGGUCGAUAAAACUAACGAUAUUAUCCUCCCCCAUUUGAUCACUUACCUCAACGACCCGGAUAUUGAAUUGAAGCUUCACUUCUUGAAGUCGAUCUUGUUUAUUGGCCCUUACGUCGGGGUUUUAUCAUUCGAGCAGUAUCUCCUUCCAUUAUUGCUUCAAACAUUAAGUGACUCAGAACAGUUGGUUGUCCUAGAAGUGAUUGAAAUAUUUGUCAAUUUCGUCUCACUGAGGUUAAUAAACCCUGCUUCUGAGUUUAAUGCCUUGAAUAUCUACAAGGAGCUCUUGAGUAAUACGGUACAUUUUUUCCUCCACCCCAAUGAAUGGAUCCGACAAUCUGUCUUACAAUUGGUUCUUUCGAUCAACGCAAAUCUCCUGAAUGCUGAUAGGUUUUGUUUCUUGUAUCCUCAGAUAAAGGCAUAUUUGACAUACGAUGUGACGAAUAUAAACUGGGAUAGUUUGUAUCCUUGUCUUACUAAACCAUUAACGAAGGUGAUGUACCAGAUGCUAUUGAAUUGGGCUAGUGCAGGUACAGAAAAGUCGUUGUUUUGGAAGCAAGAGAGCAUGACCAUGACGAGUCCAUCGAAGUUCACCACAUUUUCCAAGAAUUUAGGAAAACUGGUAUUCGUUCCUUCUCGAUCAAACGGUAACUCGUUCUCUAUUCCCAACAGAACCUCACUAGCCCAUCUGUCAAUCCCAUUAACUCACGAUGAUAAGCAGUGGUUGUUGAAGCUCAAGGCAGUGGGCUUAGAGGAAAAAGACUUCUGGAAACCUUUUAUGUUGAGAGCGUACGUCUUGCAAGUCAGCCGUGGGAUGUCUUUGCAUAUAGCGAACUCGGUAGGGACGUUUCUGGACGUCAAUGCAGUUGAAAUCAAACCAAGAAACAUUUUUUUUGAAGUCAGUUACAAGUCAGAGGUUGUAACAUCAGCAUCAAACGGAUUAUCUUCAAAUGUUCCUCAAGAUUCUAUCACUAAGACUCCAAAGACGGGAAGGAGUGGGUCUAAUUCAUUGGUUUUGCCAAAUUUCUCGAAAGUUACCGCAUCCAUACAAACUAUCCAAGAAAAUGUGUUUGGAGAAUUAGAGCUCAAUAACGAUUCCCAUGGGCAUGGCAAUCUCCAAUCUAACAAAUACUUGACAACUUCCGGCGACUCAAAUAUCACACAUAAGGUGAUCAGCUCGAAUGACGAGAAGGUUAUCAUCUCUAACAUGAAGCAUAGUUAUCAAGGGCUUAAUCCACAUAUUCUUCACUAUUUACAAAAUGUUGAUUUCGAGUUGUCUAUAAACUCCUUUAGUGAAUUUGGAGACCCAGUCAAGAUCAAUGAGCCAAAAUCAGCCGAUUGGGUACCAGAAGGUAAGUGCAUUUCCCUUAUCAAUACCAACAGUGAUCCAAGGUCCCCUGAUAGUCUUGUCUGCAUUGCCGUAAACCCAAGCUCCGAGUUUUUUGUCACUGGUUCGGAGUCAGGUAUAUUAAAGGUGUGGGAUUCGCUGAAACUCGAGAAGAACAUCAUGGUCAAGACUCCCAGUUUGACAGCUCAAUUCAAAUCAGCAAUUAUUAAGGUUUGCUUCAUGAAAAAUAGGAACAUAUUUGCUGUGAGCACAAUAGAUGGCAGAAUCAGGCUCUUCCGAGUUGAUGUCAGCAGGGGCAAGAAUAAAAAGAUAUUGAAAUAUUCCAAACUAGUGCUCAUAAGAAAGUAUGAUCUCCAUGGAGAAUACGCCACUUUGAUCUUGUUCAACUACGAUAACAUCAAAACCACCAUGAUAGUAGCUACGUCCAAGUCUCGAAUCCUAUCCUUCAACGUUAUCACUAUGAAACGUGAGUUUGAGCUACAGAAUCCCUUAGUUCAUGGAGUUCCCACCUCAGUGAUCUUGGAUUCUAGAAAAGGUUGGCUAUUGACUGGAACCGACAAGGGACUACUCUGUCUAUGGGAUAUAAGGUUUUCAGUUCUUGUAAAGUCUUGUAAGAUUAUAUCUAGGAGCCUGAGUGUUGGUACACAGAUUAAACAAUUGAUAUUGUUGUCUCCAGAUUUCAGAAUUGAUUCGAGCUGCGAGUAUUUUGCAGCCAUCGGAGGAACAUCAGAUCCCGUGAUAACCAUCUGGGAAAUACCUACACUAGAGUGUAGAGAAAUUCUAUCACCAUACGAACCCAACCCGACAGUCCAACACUACUCGAUAGAAGAGAUCAAGGACAGCUCGAAUUCUGUGAAGGAUAUUCUAAAUGAACUUCCUUUAGACCUUGAACAGGCGCGUAUAAAUGACAAUCUCGGAUACAUGAAGAUGUACAAACAUAUUUCAGGAGUGUACAUAGUGAACUCCAUAUCUUCAGGAAGACUCAUAUUCUGGAAGUUGGAUGAGCUUGAGCGGUCUAUUUCCAACUCCGGUUACACAUUUACCAGAACCAUGUUGAACCAGAGAAUGGGUUUCACGAAUGAGAAAGCUAGUAAAACCCUUACAAAAGAUCACCAGAAUCCUGUAAAGAAUCUCGAUGUCAUCAACGACAUAGGUUUCGUGUCCAUUCCGUAUGAGAUAGUGGUGACAGCAGACCGUGGUGGAGUAUUGAAAAUAGUUCGGUGAAAACGUUGCACAAUUGCGAGGAUUGUACUCCGCGAAGCCAUCACACAUCUAGAAUAAUCCUCAUUAAUAUUAUCCUCAAUUCGAAAAUAAUGCCAUUUGAUGACCAAAAAGGAAUGGCCAUUGCCAUAGAGGAGGCAAAGAAAGGUUAUGCCGAAGGAGGUGUUCCCAUUGGAGGAGCCUUGAUCCUGGAAGAUGGUACCAUCUUAGGCCGUGGCCACAAUAUGCGGUUCCAAAAGAACUCGGCCAUCCUCCAUGGAGAGAUGUCGACUCUUGAAAGCGCUGGCAGAUUACCAGGUUCUGCUUACAAGAACUGUACCAUGUACACCACGCUAUCACCAUGUAAUAUGUGUACUGGUGCGUGCUUAAUGUAUGGAAUCAAGCGGAUUGUGAUGGGCGAAAACGAGACGUUUGUGGGAGGUGAAGACUGGAUCAAAGAAAAGGGGGUAGAGCUUAUAAAUCUCAAUAACCAAGAGUGUAAGGAUUUGAUGGCCAAGUUCAUUAAAGAAAGACCACACGAUUGGUACGAGGACAUUGGUGAGUGAGCGUGGACAUCUCAGCAGAACAGACAUACGAUAUUAACUGCCUGAUACCUUUUUGCUCCCCUAUAGGUUUUAUGUAGCUGCAAUAUAUUGCACCAGUAAUAUAAUGGAUGCGCACCUUCAAGAUAAA